AUGGCCCAAGUAGCAGUGUCUGCCGUGCCCACAGGAGAUGAGGCGUCCUCGGAGAGCAGGAUGGUGGUGACGUUCCUCGUGUCUGCUCUUGAGUCAAUGUGCCAAGAACUGGCCAAGUCCAAAGCCGAGGUGGCCUGCAUCGCAAUGUACGAAACAGACGUGUUCAUCGUUGGGACCGAGAAAGGACGUGCCUUCUUCAACGCCAGGACUGAUUUUCAGAAAGAUUUUGCCAAAUACUGCAUUGCUGAAGAGUUACAGGAGAUGAAACCUUCAUUCCCUGAAAAUGGGCUGCAGGCUGACUCAGAAGAGACAGAAAUCCUCCGAAAAGCAGUCGAGAACUAUUUCUGCCUUAGUUACGGUAAAGCCUUGGGUACAACAACAGUGGUACCUGUUCCGUAUGAGAAGAUGCUGAAAGACCAGUCGGCUGUGGUCGUGCAGGGGCUUCCUGAAGGAGUGGCCUUUAAACACCCUCAGAACUAUGAUCUUGCAACCCUGAAAUGGAUUUUGGAGAACAAAGCAGGGAUUUCUUUCAUCAUAAGCAGGCAUUUCCAGGACCCAGUAGAUCAGCCAGGUCAUCACAUGGAAGUAGCAGGUACCGGAAGAACAGCCCAGUCACCAAGUGAAAGUUGCGACCCCAACAGAGUGAAAGCGGAGCCCAUGGAUGAUUCUGGAACUUCACCUAAAGCAGUGGAUGCAUCGGUCAAGAAAGAAUCCGAAGAUCCUAAUUACUAUCAAUAUUAUUUUCAAGCACACCAUCAUUCUUCCUCAAGCAGGGAAAUGGUAGACAUGGAACUGCCAAUGGAAGAUUCUACUGAGCUCGUCCCUUCAGAGCCCCAUGAAGACGCUGAAACAGAGGUGAAGACGGAAGGAAACACAAAUUCAUCCGGUGUUGCAAAUUCUGCAGCAGGUGUGGAGGAUCUCAACAUCGUUCAGGUGACAGUUCCAGAUAAUGAGAAGAAAAGAUUAUCGAGUGCUGAAAAGAUUAAACAGCUAAGAGAACAAGUCAAUGAGCUCUUUAGCCGAAAAUUUGGUGAGGCAAUUGGAGUGGAUUUUCCUGUGAAGGUUCCCUACAGGAAAAUCACCUUCAACCCGGGCUGCGUGGUGGUGGACGGCAUGCCCCCGGGAGUGGUUUUCAAAGCCCCCGGCUACCUGGAAAUCAGCUCAAUGAGGAGGAUUUUGGAUGCUGCAGAGUUUAUCAAGUUCACUGUCAUCCGACCACUUCCGGGAGUCGAACUUAAUAACGUGGGAAAGCGGAAGAUAGACCAAGAGGGCCGUAUGUUCCAAGAAAAGUGGGAGCGAGCAUACUUCUUCGUGGAAGUGCAGAAUAUCCCUACCUGUUUAAUCUGUAAGCAGAGCAUGUCCGUGUCCAAAGAGUACAACCUGAGACGCCAUUACCAAACCAACCACAGCAAGCACUUCGACCAGUACACCGAAAAGAUGCGCGACGAGAAGCUUCACGAACUCAAGAAGGGACUCACCGAAUACCUCUUAGGAUCAGAAACGGUGAGUGUGGAGCAAAACCAAGGAUUUGCCAACGUGAGCCUGCCCGAAAGCACUGCCGUACAGCCCGUGGAAGACGUGGCUUGGAAUUUAUGGGAGAAGUUGCGUGAGAAAAUCAAAUCAUUUGUGGCCUAUUCUAUCGCCAUCAAUGAGAUCACAGACACAAACAACACCGUCCAGUUGGCCAUCUUCAUCCGUGGUGUCGAUGAGAACUUCGAUGUGUCUGAAGAACUUUUGGAUACGGUGCCCAUGACAGGUACCAAAUCAGGGAAUGAGAUAUUUUUACGUGUGGAGAAAAGUCUGAAGAAGUUUAACAUAGACUGGUCGAAAUUAGUAAGCGUGGCCUCUACUGGUACGCCUGCCAUGGUCAAUGUAAAUGAUGGGCUGGUCACAAAACUGAAGUCCAAGGUGGCCAUGACCUGCAAGGGCGCCGAUCUUAAGUCCGUCUGUUGCAUCCUCCACCAGGAAUCACUCUGUGCUCAGAAGUUGAAGAUGGAUCACAUCAUGGACGUGGUGGUAAGCACUGUGAACUGGAUAUGCUCCCGUGGACUGAACCACAGGGAGUUCACGACGUUGCUUUAUGAACUGGACAACCAAUAUGGCAGCCUCUUAUACUACACAGAGAUCAAGUGGCUAAGUCGUGGGUUGGUGCUGAAGAGAUUUUUUGAAUCCUUGAAAGAAAUUGACUCAUUCAUGGCAUCCAAAGGGAAGCCUGUGCCUCAGCUGAGCUCUCAAGAUUGGAUCAAAGACUUGGCUUUUUUGGUGGACAUGACAAUGCAUGUGAACACUCUGAACAUCUCUCUCCAAGGACAUUCGCUAAUCGUUACGCAAAUGUAUGACUUGAUCCGGGCAUUCCUAGCAAAACUGUGCCUUUGGGAAACUCACCUGACAAGAAACAACUUGGCCCACUUCCCCACCCUGAAAUCCGUUUCCAGCAAUGACAGCGAUGGCCUGAACUACAUCCCCAAAAUUGCAGAAUUAAAGACAGAGUUUCAGACACGGCUGUCUGACUUCAAGCUCUAUGAAAACGAGCUGACCCUGUUCAGCUCUCCUUUCUCCAUAGAGAUCGACCGAGUGCAGGAAGAACUUCAGAUGGAGAUGAUUGAUCUGCAGUACAACACAGUUCUGAAAGCCAAGUACGACAAGGUGGGGAUUCCAGAGUUCUACAAACACCUCUGGAGCAGCUACCCGAAAUAUAAACACCACUGUGCCAAGAUGCUCUCCAUGUUCGGCAGCACCUACAUCUGCGAACAGCUGUUUUCUAUCAUGAAACUGAGUAAAACCAAGUAUCACUCCCAGCUGAAGAGUUCAGAGUGGGACUCUGUUCUGCACAUCACAACGUGA